AUGGCCGACAAGCUUUGGGGGAUUUUCUGCCAUUCUUCGUCUCAGGGUGGACGGGGACCGGUCACUGUCAUGAUGGAAGGAGAACUUCUGAGCACGAGGGAACAGGUUUUCACAGAGAUCUCCGGACUUUCCCUCAACCCUGACCUUCGCUCUGUCAGUUCUGCAGAGAUGGACCCGGUCCUGUCGUCAAAGCCUCGCUUCCACUUCGAUCUCUGGCUCUGCUUCACAAUCCAGAACUGGAUCCUGGAUGUGGGACAGCCUGUUGCUAUGAUCCUCCUCCCUGCAGGCUGGCUUCCCCUGAACCGUCCCAGUAUUUCUGAUUAUCUCCACUUCCUGUUCGCCGUCAGCGCUCCGCUCCUUCUGCUCAAAAUGCUUGAACGCAGCCCCAGGAAGCUGCCUCGCCUCGCCAUCCACCUCAGCAUCAUCUCUGUCGUCAUGGGAACCAGCUUCCACCUGGUGGCUGACUCCAUCACCCGACGGCUCCUUCUGAUUGGCUACCAGCUUCACCUGCCGGUCCGAGAGAAUCCGCUGAUGCAGGAGCUGCGUCCGCCCUCGCUGGUCGAUAUUUUUGAGCUCCUGUUCUACUUGGAUGAUUCUCUCGGUCAUCUCAUGUGGUACGUCCCUCUCUUCCUCAUCCUCUUCCUCUUCUUUAGCGGUGCUUUCUGUCACAGGAAACAGGAGGAGAAGAUCCCUCCAGCAGGAUGGAUGCUACUGGCUCCCAGCACUGCCUACUACUGGUUCCUCAUCACUGAGGGUCAGACCUUCAUCCUCUUCAUCUUCACAGUGUUCGCCAUGACCGCCACAGUGAUGCACCAGAGGAGGCGGGGCUUAGUGCCUGACAGCAACGGCCUCUUCAUGCUCUACAGCUUCUAUGGCGCUCUGGUCCUGGUGGCGGUCUGGGUGGCGUAUCUGUGGAAUGAUGCCGUCCUGCGGAGGAAACAUCCCGGGCUGAUCUACGUCCCCCAGCCUCGAGCCGUCUACACGCUCCACCUCCAGAACAAAAAGACGUAA